AUUUACAUUGUUGACACUAGUUGCACCACUUAUAGAAUAUAUAUUCCUGCCCAUACUAACAAGCUAACAUCAAAACAACCGCAAAGAAUGUUUAUUCAGCCUGACUUUCAUAUUCGUUCUCAGGCUUAAUUUUAGGGAACUCUGGAUGGGACCCGGGUGUACCCGUGACCACAGCGCUAACAGGAAGGAAAUCGCCAUUAAAAGCACACAGCAGACUAAAAAUACAUUUUUUGUUUACAGUACGAGUAGAAGUUUGGACACAUUUGAUUCAAGUGUGUCCAAACAGUGGGAGGGUAGUGGCGUCAGCCUGGCCGCCAAUCACAGUAAGGCUAAAAAAAAUAAAAUCCUUUUUGGUAUUGGUUUUGCGUCAAUACAUCCAUGGUACAAUUGUACAACACAAUAGUUUGAGAAAUAUUUUCGUACAAAAGAUAGCAGUGAUUCCUCAAAUACAAAACCAGCACAAACAACACUACUUGACCCUCCAAUGAUUGCAGAAGCCCAAAACACAGAAGUCCUAUCGUACCUAAACAAAAAUAAAAUACUUAUUCCAACAGUUAUCAGUGGGAUUUGUUUUUCUGUUUGUCAAGGACUGUCCUCCCACCGCAGUGAGUCAGUGGGAAGUUACUCACGGAUGAUGGAAAGGAAUUCAGUUUAAGCCGCGGCAGGAAAUGUGCUCACUGCGCCGCACAUACAGUUCACUAGCAGGAAGCCAGGCUUGAGUACACAACAUUAUCAGUUCCACUGUUGCCGCAGCAGAAUGAAAAACAGAAAAUGUCACUAGUGGAGAACCGUUCUAUUCACUGAAAAGAGGCAAGAACGAGAGCGGUGAGGAAAAGAAACCUUAAAAACUCUGGUUCAGACGGGAGAGUGAGACAUGGCCGACCUCGUGCCAGGAUUACUCAUUUGUUUAAUGGUCCUGCCAACCAUUCAGCAUGAUGGAAAUAGAACCUGGACCCAAACCAGUACUCCACCUGGUGUGAGACCAAAAACCUUCAGGGGGACGCUGGACAAACUCAACCACACCAACAACAACAACACCACCACCAACAACAACACCGGGCCGCGUGUGAACUCGGAGGACCACGUGACAGCCUACACCACUGGGGUCCUCAGCACCAGGGUCAUCCCUUCGUCAUACAUCGCGGCAAUGCUGGUGGGCGUCCCCUCCAACGCCUACAUCCUGGCCUUCCUCCGACUCAGAGCGAAGUCCCUGUCCACGUUAGUCCUCUACCUGAACCUGGCCCUGUCCGACCUGAUGCUGCUGCUGUCCCUGGCGCUGCGCGUCCACUACCACUUCAACGGCAACCACUGGAUAUUUGGGGAAAUCUCCUGCCGGUUGAUCACAGCCUUGUUUUAUGGUAACGUUUACAGUUCAGCGCAGACUAUAGCGUGCAUCAGCCUGAAGCGCUACCUGGCCGUGGUCAGACCGUUUCUGUACAGGAGGCUGGCAAAGACCACACUGGCCGUGUGGACGUGUUUGGUUGUGUGGCUCCUGUUUGUGGCGGCGAUUGUGCCCGAGCUCCUGGUCAGGCAGAGCUACCAGGUUAUUCAGUUGAGGGUAACCACCUGCCACGACGUACUUCCCCUUGAAGAAAAGUCACAUUCUUUGCUGGUACCAUACAGGCUGAUGCUGGUUUGUCUGGGUUUUAUAGUGCCCUUUCUGAUUUGCAUCUACGCCCAUGUGGCAGUGGUUUACCACCUGGGGCAAUCUCGUUGUGACUGGAAACCGUUCAUCAGGGUCAGCACUCUCACUUUUAUCAUUUUUGCAGCGUGUUUCUUGCCUAGCAGCCUCCUGCAUAUCGCCCACUACAUCUGCCUGAUUUCCAGUGGUGACGACAGACUGUACGGAUACUACCGAGUAGCGGUGUGUCUCUGCUGCUUCCACAGUUGUCUGGAUCCCUUCCUGACUGUGCUCAUUUCAAAGACCGCAGCCUCAGAGCUACAAUUCAUAUCACUCCGCGGGAUAUCUCAGGGGCCGACUAUUACAACAUGACACUGGAUGCGUGUGGACACAAGAAGCUUUUCCUUGCUGCUCCAUUGUUGGGAACCAGCGGGGAAUCACAAACCCAGACACAUAGAUGGUUCAGUUAAAAACUAGACACUGAAUUCAACAGGCCGAUGCUGCGGUCUCUGUUGAGUGAAUCGAGAUUCAAGCCUAUCAUGUAAAUCCAGCAAAAUGUAAAAUGUGGAAACUGUUGCUUAUUGAUGAGUUGUCAACAAUAAUCUUCUUUGCCAAAUGUUACAAUUAAUACAUAAAAAAUAAAAUAUAUAUACAUUUGCUAUUUUGCAUUUGAGGCUAUAAGAGGAGGAAGCACCAGUUAUUGUUCCAUAAAUGCUAAAGAAUAACUGAAUCAAAAUAGAGUCAAUACCUGACAGAGGAGCUGCUUGGUAUGUUGAAGGACAUCAUGGUAGUGUUUGGCUGUGACUGGGUUCACUCCUGUCAACUUGGCUGUAGGGAGGAGCAGGGCUGCAAGCGUCUGCUUAUGAUCACCCGAGUUGAGUGCCUCAUUGAUUUCAGCUAAAGCUAUGAUGCCUGGGAGUAGAGACAAAAAACAUUUGAGUCAAUGACUUUUAUUUAUUGUGUGUUUUGCCUUGUCAUAGAAUGAUAUAAAAUAAUUCCAAUUCUAAGGUU